UCUGUUUCUAGUGCGUGAGCGCGCGCCACAGUUCUGAUCGGCGCGCAGAUGAUGAUGAUGAGAGCGUGACCUCACCGCUUUCUGCACAGCUGCUGGAGAGAGGGGGAGACACAGAGGGAGGAAGAGAGAAACACAAACACGUUGAGGGAGACGGAGCGAGGUACGGACCAGAGGAGAACAUUCACACCACAGCGGUAAACUGUUCGGCGCGAGGACUCUGUCGCGGGGCGUCCGUCCCCUCCCAGCAUGUUCCCAGCCCCCGGUUCUUCUCUCCGGUACACGAGCCAGUCGUCGCGGCGUCUCCACGGACUCUAAAGCCCAGAUGCUCACCCUCUCCGCAGACAUGGACGAGUCUUCGUCUCUGCUGGAUCUGCUGGAGUGUUCGGUGUGCCUGGAGCGCCUGGACACCACGGCCAAGGUGCUGCCGUGCCAGCACACCUUCUGCCGCCGCUGCCUGGAAAACAUUCUGAGCUCCAGGAACGAGCUCCGCUGCCCGGAGUGCCGCAUCCUGGUGGACUGCAGGGUGGACGACCUGCCGGCGAACAUCCUCCUAGUUCGCCUGCUGGACGGUAUUAAGCAGCGGCCGCAGCAGCGAGGCAACGGAGGAGUAGGAGCGAGGCUGUCCCUGGCCGGGGGCUCGCUGCAGGGGUACGCAGUCGGGAUAUGCGCUUCUCCCCCGGGCAGUGCGAUCAGAGAGCUGCCUGUAGCCGUCAGGAGCUCCGCUGUUAAGAGUAUCCCAGCGCUGCCCUGCGGUAAAGCCCUUUACUCGUAUGAAGGAAAGGAACCAGGCGAUCUCCAAUUCUCCAAGGGUGACAUCAUCAUCCUGCGACGCAAGGUGGAUGACAACUGGUACCAUGGCGAGCUCAACAGUUGCCAUGGUUUCUUGCCCGCUAGUUACAUCCAGUUGCUGCGUCCCCUGAGCCAAACUCCACCGCAGGGCAAAGCACUGUACGACUUUGAGGUCAAAGAUAAAGACCAGGAUAAAGACUGUCUGGCCUUCAGCAAGGAUGAGGUACUGACAGUAAUCAGGCGAGUGGACGAGAACUGGGCAGAAGGCAUGCUGGGAGACAAGAUUGGCAUCUUCCCCAUUCUCUAUGUGGAGUUAAAUGAAACAGCAAAGCAGUUGAUGGAAAUCGACAAGCCCACGUUGACUAACGGUCCAGGUCCCAGCUCAGAGCCAGCCACGUUGGGUCCCUGCUCUCCUGGUCCCUCCCCCAGCGCCUCGCCGUCCAAUGGAAAUGGAAAUGGCCACCGGAAAGGCGAAGGGAAGAAGAACGCCAAGAAGAGGCAUUCGUUCUCCGCGCUGUCAGUCAACCAGAGGGCCGCGCAACUCAACAACAGACACAGCAUGGAGAUCUCCCACCCUGUCCUCAUCAGCUCUUCGGACCCCCGAGCUGCUGCACGCAUACAGGAUGUAUCUCACCCGGGUCCCUCUCCCUCCUUGGCAGGGGUACUGGUGCCCCCCAAAGUGGCAUCCAUAACCUCUGAGCUGCUGGCCCACGCUAAGGUGCAGCUGCCACUCAACAUAUAUCUGGCUUUAUACGCCUACAAGCCCCAGAAGGCAGACGAGCUUGAACUUAGGAAAGGGGAGAUGUAUCGGGUGACAGAGAAGUGCCAAGACGGGUGGUUCAAAGGCACCUCGCUGAGAACCGCUGCCUCCGGUGUCUUCCCGGGAAAUUACGUCACCCCCGUGUCCAGGGCUCCGUUUGGAGUUGGAUCUUCUCGGUCGUCUGUAUCCAGUCCAGUGGGUGGAGGAGGAGGAGGUAGCGGGUGCAGUAGAAACUCUGCCCCUUCGUCCCCAUGCUCCCCGGGGUCCUCUUCUUCGCGUCCCUCCACCCCACUAGUAAACUCUGUUGCCAGUCCCGCCUCCUCUCCACAAACUGCCGCCGCCCAACUGAAGAACUGCCUGCGCUCCAGCCAGCACACAGCCAACCAGGCCCGCACCUCAAUGCAGCUGGUCCACAGUCCACCAGCUGGCAGCCCGGAGCGUCCCACAGUGGCUCUCUCCCCGCUGCGUCCUCAGAGCUCCUCCCCCUCGCGCUGCCCCGGCCAAUCGGGUCGUCCUCACUCCAUGGUGUCUUCGGGACCCUGCCUAGGGCCCUCCCCUCUCUCUUCACCCGCCUCGAGGCCCCUCCUCCCGCUCUCCUCCCCUCUGUCCUGCCUCACGCCUCCCAACGUGUCAGCGGUGCUCCUCAACGGCGACCCAGCCAAUCCCCUCCAGCCGCCAUCGCCGGGCCCCUCCCACGCACCCAAAGCAGAGAAGAAGGAGAGGAAAGCUGGAGGUUUAUUAAAACUGUUGUCGGGGGCGGCAGCCAAGAAGAAAUCCCGCUCACCCCCCUCCUCCCCGCCCACCCACGACCCCUCAUUGGCCGGCCACGACCCCGUGCACCACCCCCACCACCACCACCACCACGCCCGCUCAGGUUCUUGUCCCAUGGUGGCCCAGGGGCGCGCCGGCUCCUGUCCUAUCGAGAGUGAGAUGGCGGGGGCCAUUGGGCUGGAGCCUCUGCACAGGAAGUCGGGUUCCCUGGACACCAACUUCCCCAUGUCGCCCCCGGCAACACGCGCCAUCAACGCCCUGAUGGUCCUCCGGCCUGAACCCAAACCCCUGUCCAGAGAGAGGUUUCGUGUGGUGGUCCCCUACCCCCCCCAGAGUGAGGCAGAGAUCGAGCUGCGGGAGGGAGACGUGGUGUUUGUCCACAAGAAGAGGGAGGACGGCUGGUACAAAGGAACCCUGCAGAGGACAGGGAAGACCGGCCUGUUCCCCAGCAGCUUCGUAGAGAGCUUCUGAACGGGAUGAGGUGGACGGACAGACACUGCUCCUGUUUCUGAGUCGAGAACACACACACACACCCACACACACACACAUACACACACACACAAACUCACAUACACACAGUCUUCUACAUACAUACACAACUGGAUGGAUGGACCCAAAUUGGUUUCAAGAAAACACAAAAUGCAAAAAAGAGACUUCUUUUGAUAAUAAUAAUAAUAAUAAUAAUAUUAAUAAUAAUAACCAUCAAUAACAACAAUAACCAACAUAAGAUUAUAGCAAAGUAAAAUUAAAUUCAAAUUAAAUGUACACAGAUAAAAAAAAUAAAAAAUGUUUUUAAAUAAGUAAAACAUUUGAAAACUUCAUCAGAGAAGAAACAGCACGUUUUUUUCCAGAAUAAGAAACACUACAAUGUUCCAACUAAUAGCUUUUUAAGACUGGCACAAACAAUAAUCAAUAGUAAUUGCCUUCAAUCAUUUAAUUUAAUUGCGGUCCAACUAAAUAUACACACACACACACAUACAGGAAAGCUAGCCCCAGCUUCGACUUGGAUUGAGGGGCCCCCCCGUCUUUGGCCCUGUGAUGAAGACUACUGAAGGCCUAGGCUCAGAGAGCACAGACCCCCCCCCCCCCCCCCCCCCCCCCCCCCCCCUCAGCAUCACCCACCAGCAAACACUAGCACAAAAAGCAUUAGCUCUUCUUUCCACUGAGACCUCAGCACUUGACUUCGGUGCUUUCUACGAGAAGUGCAGAUUUCUCACCAGGUGAUGAGGGAAGUGUGAGCCUACAGUCCACCAUCAUUGUCUAGUUUGUGACAACAAGCACAUGUGUUUCUUACCAACCCAAUAUGUGUUAAUAACGAUGCAUGUAGCAUUAUUAUGUUUUUUUAUAUAUAUGUUGAAAUAGAUGUUUGUGUUGUCCCAAACUAGUCAUGCUGUGAUGAUCUGUCACAAAACAAAAGGUGCAACAAGCAAAAAGUGAAAUAGGUGGUUCAUUCUUUUUAUAUAUCUCACAUACAUUUAUACCGCCAUUUAAUUUUUUUUUAAAUAUGACCUUUACAGACACCCCACAACUGGGUUAAACUGGCUUGCUGAAUGUAGGAGGAAACUAAAAAGGUUACACCAAAACCAAUUGAAUUGUACUUGAUUAGGUUCUUUUACACACACAGAAUGCACUUGGUAAUAUUUUAAACAAAGGGCCAAUACAGUAUCGACAUAUACAGUAUUUAACACACUCAAUUAUUAUUUAUUUGACAAGCGGGAUUUCCGUUGCUACAAGUGAAAUCCUUCUUUUUCUUUAAGCCAGCACAAACCUCUUUGGCACAACAGAAAUGAAAUCUAUGAAGCUACUCAAACCAACAAAGAAGUUACAGUAAUCAAUACAUUAUUGUUAAAAGCAAUUCCUCCUCCUGCCUUUUAUUUACACACUGUUUGUGAAACCAAAUGUGUGUGGAUUCGAUGCUCACUGGAGAAUGUACAGGAGGAGGAAACUCCUGAGAUCAGACGGCAGGGUCGAGUUUCCCACCACACAACUGCCAACCUUUGACAACAACUUUUCCUCCAAUCUUUUUGUACGGCUUCAGUGAGUGUACAGUCAGUCUGCUUUGUGAAUUUCUACGUCCUGAGUGUGGAGCUUGUCUAGUUUACAUCCAGCCACAACCAUCUACCUUGUUACCCUGUUUCUGGAGAUAGAAGCACAUAAAUGCAGAGCUGUGUGUGUGUGUGUGUGUGUGUGUGUGUGUGUGUGUGUGUGUGUGUGUGUGUGUGUGUGUGUGUGUGUGUGUGUGUGUGUGUGUGUGUGUGUGUGUGUGUGUGUGUGUGUGUGUGUGUGUGUGUGUGUGUGUGUGUGUGUUUGCGUGCGUGUGUGCGUGUGUGCGUGUGUGAAUAAUACUGGCCAUGUCUCAAUAAGAGAACAGAUGAAUGAAGGGUUUUCCUCACAUGCUGUGUUUUUUAAACUAGGCCAGAGUAAAGCACAAACACUUACUGGCACACAGCUUAUUGGCUGAGCACACAAAUGUCUAAUUCGCUCUUCUCGUCGUCCAUUGGCUAAGGACACUUGACUUCUUGGUGAACUGCCUUUAUGUCAUAUGGUGUAGUCACUGCUACAAGCUCUCCACAGAGUCACAGACAAACAAGCACAACACAGAAGUCCUAAUAGAGACAAUACAAUCUGAAAUGCAUUUAGUUCUCCCUGACCAACCUUUAUCCCAGAUAAAUGGUCAAGCAUUUAUUUCCUCCUUUAUUUUUGGUCUUUAAAAUUAAUUGGUUAAUAAUAAUUAUAAAGAAAAGGGAAGCACAUUUUAGUUUUUUUUUAUUUCUUGUUCACCUUGAAGUGGGGCUGGCAGUUUGUUUUUUGAACAUUGUUUUUGGAUUGUGGGUAUAAAAACUUGACCCUAACUAAACUGUGAAGAAAAGUAAACAGAGUAAACCUUACAAAGCGAUUAAAGCACGGGCUGCUUGCAGUGCAGUAUGGGUAAUCCAUGUGUUUCUGGAGCAACAGAUGAACUACUACUCGAGCAAACACACACGCAGUUGAACACUAGGGCUAAUCUGACAAUAUUGCUUUUGCAUUUAAAAUCAUGGCUAUGAAGCAGCUUGUCUUUAGAUAUUUUUUCAAUAAAUGUUUUCUAUUUAUUGAACCAUAUUUCUGAAGUGUGCCGGACUAUUUAGGCUUUCAAUUGAGGUAAAAUAUAAGUCUUUUACUGUCAAAUGUUGUGUUAUUUGAAGCCUCAAUCCAACAAUAUCAGCAUUGGACUUUAAAGCUGCCAGUCAAAUCCUAGUGCCUACAAAUGCCAACACACACACUCACAGAGUUUCACACCAAGCAGACCAAUCUUUUCACUUGUUCUUACUUUCUUCUUAUCAGUACAAUUAGCUUUGUUUCACUUGGUGACAAAAACUAGCAGAUCCAAGAACAGCUCUGCACAUACCCUGAGCAAGGUUUACCUUAUCCUUUUUUUAUGCCGCUGAACAGAAGACACACAUUUUACUGGGUCUCACUCAAGCACAAGUCCUCAAUAAGGUCUUAUUUUGUUUUCACGAGGUUGAUGCUGUGAGAAGGAAAACAGUUUACAACAGUCAAAACAUCAGGAAGUUAAACCACAGUAGUUGUUUUACAUCUUAUAUCUUUAACUUAUGGUUUCACAAUUGUGUGAUGUGAGCUAGUCUUUCGCCUAAAGCUCCUGGUUGUAAAUACCACUCGAGAAUCUACGGUGGCGCCUUGUAGAAAUUGUAAACAGCAGUGGUCAUUUCCAUUGGGCAUGAACACAAAACAAAACAUUUCUCAUACAUUUUUUAUCGGAUUUGAUAUCGAAAUACUGUGCAUUUCCUGUUUUUGUCCUUCCAGGAAGCCUGAGCACUCACCCUGCCAUCUUGAAUUAGAUGUCGGCCAUAAUUGUUCCUAUGGAUACUUGUGUGUGUGAGUGUCUGUUUGUGUGUGUGCGCGAGGGGAGGGGGCCUCUGUAUGUAGCUCUUUACAUAAAAAAGGAACUUUAUUAAAAAAAAAGUUUGGUGUGGCGUUGACGCUCACGCCUCAUCAUGACUAAGAUCGGUUUAAAACGGCGGUACAGCGAGGGGAAACAGGAAAAAAUAAAGUAUAUAUAUUAUUCUAUAUUGUGCAGAAUAUUUAUAGGCCUUUUGUGCCAUUGAAGUCAUGCUCUGCGCUGGCCAUGCCGCGCUCUACCAUGUGAUCAUUAUACAUCGUCUUGUACCGAUGACCCGUGGUUGAUUUGAUUGUUUUUUCAUGUCAAGUGCAUUUUUCGCAAUAAAUGCCUUUGUUUUAAA